AAUUUUUUCAUCUACCAAUUACGGUUCUCUCCCCUUCGCUUACAACGACGAUGACGAUCCAACACUUGCCGUAUUCCAAACGUUUUUUAGAAUACACGAAAUUACUUUUAGAUCACAUCGAUCAACGCAAAGUCACCGAUUUAAUAUAACUUAUACAAUUAUUGAACGAUAUGCAGCGAAUUUAUAUAUUUAAUGCAGAAAAUUCCAGCGCCACACGCCGAGAAAUCAAGAAACGACGACUCCUUUUUUUCAUCAAUAUGGCGGUGCAGUACUGCCAACUUGACAACCGCUUAUUAACGCGUUGCCAACUAGCUUAACAAAUCGUCAAUGAACUGCCAACACUAUAGUGUAUAUAUAUAGAUAUAUCUAAGGACUAAUAUAUAUAUAUAUAAUUUUAACAUUGGAGCAUCUAACAUUCUAGAUAUUUUGUAUAUUGAUUGAAUACGCUAGGGAUUAAAAAAUCGUAUAUAUAAUAGUAGAGUUGGCAAAGCAUAAGCACGGUUUUAUGGAUUCUGCUUUAUAAGUACCUUCGUAAACAAAACUAUCUACUUGUCAGUGCAUUUUCUUCCUACCAACACCAAUUUACAAUCAAUAUUUGAUAUUUGAGGAUCAUAUAGUAGCCGAAAUGCAAAAGUACUUCUGGCCGGUUUUAUUGCCCAUACUAUUUCUAGCAUAUUCACUGCCUUUAUUCCUACGUGUCUAUGCCACUGCACCCACGGUAAUAGACGAGGAAUUCCAUUUGCGACAGGGUCUGCACUUCUGCAACAAACGCUUCGAUGUGUGGGAUCCUAAAAUUACCACCUUCCCAGGCCUCUAUCUGGCGUCGCUAAUACUCAUACCACUCGGUGCUUGCUCAGCAUUAGGUUUACGUUGCAUAUCCCUAGUAGCAGCUGCGGUAAAUGUGGUAUUACUAUAUAAAAUAAGACGCCGGUUGCUGGGUGGUGCACAUGGACAGCUUGCGGCAUUAGAUGCUUUCACUCUAGGUGCACUACCACCGCUCUAUUUCUUUAGUCAUCUCUACUAUACUGAUACGUUAUCGCUGACGACCAUACUGCUAUUCUACUACUACUGGCACAAAGAGUCACAUCUGCAAGCUGCUGUUUUUGCUGCUGCUAGUGUCUUAAUGCGGCAAACUAAUGUAGUUUGGGUCGGUAUGUGCUUCGGCAUAACAGCACUAGAUGUGCUUACCGGCAAUUAUGCGCGUGCCAAAGGCAUUAAAAGACAACAAGUGGAGUUACUUAAUCCCAAGACGCUCUUGAGCAUACUCACUUCGUAUCGGCUACUGGGCCGCAGCAUCUGGCAAAUACUACAUAAAGGCUGCUACUACCUAAUCAUAAUAUUGCCUUUUCUGUUUUUCGUGUUUCUCAAUGGUUCCAUUGUUAUUGGCGAUAAGCGUGCGCAUGAAGCGACCAUACAUGUACCGCAGCUAUUUUACUUCAGCAUUUUUGCUUUGCUUUUCGGCGUCUCCAAUACGCUGCACGAGUUGCGUCCGACAUUACAUUGGCUAUCGCGCGACAAACUAAUUGUGAUCUUCCUGCUCGGCACUGGCAUACUAGCCGUUAAAUGGAAUACGCUCAUACAUCCAUAUUUGCUGGCUGACAACCGUCAUUACAUAUUUUAUAUAUGGAAUCGUUUCUAUGGCCCUUAUGAAUGGUUCAAGUACGCUAUGGUGCCCAUUUAUGUAUUUGCGCUGGCGCUGUUACACUCAGGCCUGCGACAUAUGCGCACAAGCUUCAAAUUGAUGUUUUGGCUAGCUGUUUUUCUAGUGCUAUGCUUUCAACGCUUGCUAGAGCUGCGUUACUUUCUCAUUCCUUUCGUGCUGUAUCGCCUACACACACAGCCGCUUAUUAAAAGCCGUUGGGCAGAGUGGCUGGAGCUGGGCUGCUAUGUGGUGCUUAAUGCGCUCACAUUCUAUAUAUUUUUCACCAAAGAAAUCAGAUGGGAAAAUUUUAAGGAGCCGCAACGCAUUAUUUGGUAAACAAGAAACGUCAGAACUAUUAGUCUGAUUUGAAGUAUGGUAAAUAAACUAUUGAUAAUUGUUGAAAUAUGUUGUGGAGCAUUACAUGCAUUUUUUCCAUUAUUUUUUUAUAUAUUACUAUAUUUUGUUGCAUAUCGUAGUACGAUUUUUGUGUAUGAACGCAUUUUUUUAAUAUAAUGUGUAUUUUUAUUGAAUAAAAUAUUUCAAGUGCUGUUUGUGGUCGCUACAACAGAUAGCUGACUAUUAAAGCAACACCCCGCGCGGCUUUUAAGUAA